AUGAGCGUCAAAGAGAGCGAGCCCAUACUGGAACUAUCGAACAACCGCCUCGUGCUUUUCCCCAUUCAAUACCCAGAGAUUUGGAAGAUGUACAAGACUGCGCAGGCAUCGUUCUGGACCGUAGAAGAGAUAGAUCUCUCAAAGGACGUUCCCGAUUGGAGCACCAAACUGACCGACGGAGAAAGACACUUUAUCUCUCACGUCUUAGCAUUUUUCGCCGCAUCGGAUGGUCUUGUCAACGAGAAUCUUCUCGAGAGGUUCAGUACCGAGGUUCAGGUGGCGGAGGCUCGUUGCUUUUACGGGUUCCAAAUCAUGAUGGAGAACGUACACUCGGAGACGUACGCGUUACUGCUACAGACAUAUAUCACAGACGCAGCAGAGCGCUCUCGCUUGUUCAACGCACUGGACACUAUCCCAUCAAUCGCUGAGAAGGGUGCUUGGGCUCUCAAGUGGAUAAACGACAAACAGGCGUCUUUCGGGCAGAGACUCGUAGCGUUCGCGGCUGUUGAGGGAAUAUUUUUCUCAGGCUCAUUUGCCGCCAUAUUCUGGCUGAAGAAAAGGGGACUAAUGCCCGGUCUCACGUUCUCCAACGAACUCAUUUGCCGCGACGAGGGAAUGCACACCGACUUUGCGUGUCUUCUUUUCCUACUGCUCCGCAAUAGACCAGCGCCGAAGAUUGUCCAUAGCAUUAUAACGGAGGCGGUCUACAUAGAGAAGAAAUUCUUGGAAGACGCUCUCCCUGUCAGCCUCAUCGGAAUGAACGCUGGCAUGAUGGGUCAGUAUAUCGAGAGCGUAGCCGACAGACUCCUCGAGGCCCUUGGAUACCAGAAGACAUACAAUAGUCGCAACCCGUUCGACUUCAUGGACAUGAUAUCGAUCGAAGGCAAGACAAACUUCUUUGAGAAGAGGGUUUCGGAGUACGCCAGACGCAUCAAUGAUAGCGAACACGAAAGAUCGACAGCGAAAUUCGCAACAGAUGUCGAUUUCUGA